CUCUGCGCCAACAUAAAUAACGCCCGAAAAUCCAGGCCGCGGCCCUUGUUCCCGGGCCGGACCCAAUCAGGUCAUCAGCACCCCCGGGCGGCACUGCAUCGGAACCCCAUCUGACGCCUGCGCCUUUUCUUAUCCUCUCCAUCUCUCUCCGGCGGCUGCUUCGUCUCCCUCUUAUUUGUCUGUUCCGGCCGGCUUGCAUUCCAUCUAUCCAUCGAUUCAUCCUCUCUCUGGUCACUUGUCAGACCAUGUCCUACUAUCCCCCCUACUCGGGACCCCCCGGGUAUCCCCCGCAGCAGUAUUCCUAUCCUCCCCAGCAGAGCUAUGGCUCCCCGCCCCAGCAAUAUCAGCAGACAGAUGAAUCCUCAUCAGCACCCGCACCACCAGCACCACUCGUCUUACGAGGGUGGUUACCCCGGCCAGGCCUAUCGCCAACAACAGCCUCCCAGCAACCCGUACCAAUACAACCAGCCCUCACCGCAACCAUACCAAGGGUCGCAAGCCCCCCCGAAUGGCUAUAAUGGUGGUUACUCUGCUCCCAACCAAGGUGCGAUGUACGGGGGUCGGCCAGGCGCCGACGCCUACCAGAGUUCCUACAACCAAGGCAACCACGGCAGCCACAGCAGCCACGGCAUCCCUGCGCCCCCGCCCACCGAGCCGGUCAGCUUCGGCCAAGGAGCGCCGCAAGGAUACAACUUCCAGUACUCGCGCUGUACGGGCAAGAGAAAGGCUUUGCUGAUCGGUAUUAACUACUUCAACCAGAAGGGUCAGCUGCGCGGAUGUAUCAACGAUGUCAAGAACAUGUCGACCUACCUGAACCAGAACUUUGGCUACGCUCGCGAAGACAUGGUGAUUCUGACGGAUGAUCAACAAAACCCCAUGAGUCAACCCACCAAGGCGAACAUCCUGCGUGCCAUGCACUGGCUCGUCAAGGACGCUCAGCCGAACGACUCCCUGUUUUUCCACUACUCUGGGCACGGUGGACAGACGCCUGAUCUCGACGGAGACGAAGACGAUGGAUACGACGAAGUAAUUUACCCGGUCGACUUCCGGGCAGCGGGCCACAUUGUCGACGACGAAAUGCACCGGAUUAUGGUCAAACCGCUACAGCCGGGCGUCCGAUUGACGGCUAUCUUCGACUCGUGCCACUCAGGCUCGGCGCUCGACCUGCCCUACAUCUACUCGACCCAGGGUAUCCUCAAGGAGCCCAACUUGGCCAAGGAGGCGGGCCAGGGCCUACUGGGCGUGGUGUCGGCAUAUGCGCGCGGUGACAUGGGCGGCAUGAUGUCGACGGCCGUUGGGUUCCUGAAGAAGGCCACCAAGGGCGACGAGGCAUACCAGCGUACGGUCCAGACCAAGACGAGCGGAGCGGAUGUGAUCAUGUGGUCCGGCAGCAAGGACGACCAAACCAGUCAAGACGCCCAGAUCGCGGGUCAAGCCACGGGCGCCAUGUCGUGGGCAUUCAUCAGCGCGCUCCGCAAGAACCCCCAGCAGAGUUACGUGCAGUUGCUGAACAGCAUUCGAGACGAGUUGGCGACCAAGUAUACGCAGAAGCCGCAGCUGAGCUGCAGCCAUCCCUUGGACGUGAAUUUGCGGUAUGUUAUGUAAAUAGUUGCUU